AUGCCUCGCCCAAAGAAACCAGGCGUCGAGCCGAAAAGGAGAUCGCGAAACGGCUGCUGGCCAUGCAAGGCGCGAAAAGUAAAAUGUGGAGAAGAAAAGCCAUCGUGUACAAAUUGUGAACGGCAAGGUGAAGCAUGCGACUACAGCAUUCGACUCACCUGGGGAGGUCGUGCAAGAAGGGACAAAAUUGACACCUGUUUGGACCCGUCGAGCGCCACUGAGGGCAGCCCAUAUGAAGCAUGCUUUCAAGUCGACGAUACUUCCCGAAUGUUCAUGUCAACAUCCGAAUCACCAAUGCAGUUGCAGCAUGACAUUGACCCAAUCACGAUGCAGGCCAUACUCCCUAGUGUCACCAGUGCAGGUUCAAUUGAAGGCAGCUCUUUGUUCCAGAGCGAUAUACCUUCAUCAGCACCAUACACACAGCCACAUUUUCAGAACACCUUUGAUGGCCAAUCAUCUACAGCAUCUGGCUUCAGCACGUUCAAUACUAAUGCUUCGGCUCUCGCCCCCACAAAUACUACAACACCACCUCAACAAAUGCCCGCAGACGUCAUGUUCACACACCAGAAAUAUAGGGCCUUUAGCAGAUCGCCUGGACCAACAUACUCAGACUCGUAUUCGCCAAACACAGCUUCGCCAAACACAGCUUCGCCAACUCCACAUAGCCCUUAUCGUAGCUUUCCUCAAACACCGGCAUCAGUUGGUUCUGAAGGAGUUAUCGCAUAUGCAGCAUCUGCGGCACAAGACCCUGCUCUCUCACCUCCAAACCCGUGUCGUGUAUCUGUGCAAUCCCUUGUUCACGAUCUUCAAAACACUAACCAGGGCAAAAGUGGAACACAGUAUCCAAUUGCUGAUUCAGCCUCGACGACAUACGGCUACGACCUGGGUCUCCCAGACCUGGACACCCCAAGGAACAAUGACUCCUCAGCCAUUGCCAUAUACAGCCCGCAAAACAAUACAAUCAGUUUCGACGGAGAAACUCUGCACGGCAACGCGGAAUCCGAAAGCAAAGUCAUGGCGUUCGAAAAGGGAGGAUAUUACGCGAAACCCGUACCCAUUAGGAUUUCCAAGUCGCUAGAGCCCUUGCCGGCUCUCCUCAUGGAGAACCAAAUGAACUUGAUCUAUUUUCACCACUUCCUCAAUCACACAGCUAGGGUUUUGGUCCCACAUGAUUGCGAAAGGAAUCCAUUCCGACAUAUACUGCCCCAAAUGGCCGUCAAGGAUGAAAACCUUUUGAGUCUUCUUCUCGCUUACAGUGCUUCGCAUCGGGCGCGCAUGCUCAACCAUCCCGAGCCUUCAAAUCGCAUCGCAGUCUGGGUACAAGACGUAUUUCCCAGACUGCGACAGACGCUUCAAGAAAACCCAAAUGAAGUUCCUGACAACACUCUGGCUUCAGUCAUCAUGAUGGCGAGUUUGGAAGUUAUCUCCCCGGGUACAUUCGAAGUACCUAUAUCCUGGAAGGACCACCUCACUAUGGCGCGCCGGAUGAUUACCCAGCGCGGUGGACCCAGAGGCAUGAGUCGAAAAGAUCUCGUAGCCUACUUUCUCUCACGCUGGUUCGCCUAUCUCGAUGUCGUAGGCUCGCUGAGCGGACACAAGAACGACAUGCCAGUUGGAUCUUUCUACUGGUCGAGCGAAAACGAAUCUGCAGACGAGGACCUCGAGAUCGACUGCCUAAUGGGUUUCACAACCCGUUGCGUUGGCAGUCUGGCGCGUAUUUCCGAACUGUCCAAACACUGCGAACCACAUCGUAUUGAUGAACACGGCAAUGAGCGCGAAGAUUGGGUGCCAAGCCAGGAUGUUGUGGAGGAAGCGAUCAGUAUUCGACGCACACUGGAAGAUGGGCUGUCAGACCGGAAUAUCCGAAAGGCAUGUCGCCAUAGAUCAGACGCUCUAUCCGAGUCUGAACGAGCGUGGGAUACGACAGAGAUUUAUGCGACCAACGAACUUUUCCAUUGGGCUGGUCUGAUCCAGUUGCAUCGCCGUGUGCUAGGGAAAUCCGCAUUGGAUCCAGAGGUGCAGCAUGCGAUUCGGGCGAUUGUAGAGUUAUUGUUCAAGAUCAGGAGGGGUAGUUCGGCAGAAGCUUGUUUGCUAUUUCCCAUGUUUGCUGCGGGCUGCGAUGCACAGGAUGCGGGGCAGAGAGAGAAAAUCCUGGAUCGGUUAAGGGGGGUGGAGGGUUUUGGACUCAAUCAGGUGCCAAAAAUGAGCACGCUCAUGAAGCGUGUGUGGGAUACUGGAAAGCCAUGGGAGUCACUGGUAUCUGGUGAGUUCUUCGGCUGA